AUGAAGUAUAUUCUUUAUGUGCAAGUGGAACAUUUCUUGAUGUUGAAAUUCGGUGGGCUUGGGUUGGGGCACACAUGCUUCCAAGGUUUUUGCCAACUCAAAUAUCAAUAAUGCUGUGCAAGAGGGCAGAAUUCCGAAGUUAUACAAAACUUUGCUCCCUGGUAGAGAGAAGGUGCCUCUUUUCUUGUUGGCUGAUCCAGCAUACCCCUUACUACCCGAUUGUAGGAAAGAAUAUUCGACUUGCUACAAUAAUGCACAAGUAAUUUUUAACACAAUGUUACGAAGUGCUUGCAACCAGAUUUAGUGUGCGUGUGCUUAUGGGCGAUUAAAAGCCAGGUUGUCCAUUCUGAUACCAUGCAUAAAUUUCAGCCUUGAUGAUAUCCCAGUAAGAGUCUAUACUUGCUUUGUAUUGCAUAAUUACUGUGAGAUUAACAAAGUAGGAAUAGAUGAGAUGUAA